CCUCUUUCCCAUCCUGGGGAAUGAUGACUGUAUAAAGCAGAACUAUGCUUACAGAAUGGAUGGGAACCCCAGGCUCUCUAAAAGCUUACUAAGGGAAAUAAAUCUGAUUCAUAGCCGUCUACCUAAGUCAAACACUAUGUCUUGGUAUGAAACUUAAAGGGACCAAGUAUGUGCAUUAUAAGGUCAGUGAAGGAACAAAGCAAAGAGAAUCAGAAUAUUUCUAUUCUCAAAAUCAAGUCCAUGAUUUUGCCUAGUCAACAGACUCACCUAUAGAAUACCAGAAUUAGUAAGGUGCUUUCUCCUGUAUGUUUUAUUACUUAUCACAAGGAAUCUGUUAAAGAUGAGUUCAUGAGUUCAGUUCAUGCUCUUUUACAGUCAAAUAUGUCGGGGUAUGAAGACUAGCUAGCUGUAAAGUCUAUCAAUCCCUAGGACGUUGAAAAGAAAGGAAGGAAGGAAGGAAACAAACAAACAAACUUCAGUUUCUGAACCUGUGAAACCUGGUAGCCAUCUCUUAAAGAAGGCGGGGCAUCAUAUGUUUGGGAUUGUACACACAAUAAAUGUCUGGUGCUCAUGUUUCAUGUACCAUGAAUCCAGCUUUUGAACUUAGACUGGUGAAGAAAUUGGAGCUCGCUUUCUGUUACUACAGCUGCCCACAGAGCUAUGGAGAAUUUAAGUGUUUCUCCCCAUUCCACUCCGGUUGAGAUAAAGGCCCAAUCUUCCAAUAUCUUCCAUCAGACUUAAGAUAGAAAUUUCAAAUACUCUCCUACCCCUAAAAGUUGCCAGGGUGUGAGCAUUGCCCAGCUUUCCCUCUGCCUCAAACUCUACGUCAUAAGAACCUCUGCGAAUGUUCAUGGGCUAUCUAGUUGCGGGAGGAACCCCUCCUCCUCACAGAGAGAGCCAUGUCCACUCCAAUUGGCUGUCGUCCUGGGCAACCAAGGACGCAAGGGGCACGCGGGGGCCCCCCAGCCAGUAUUUAAAGGCCGCCACUGCCCGUGUCCACUCAGUCCGGCCAGGACGGCGACGGUGAAGCACCUGGGUUGAGAGGGAGGAGCAAGGUAACAAGCGACCACUGCCUCUCCCGUCCCCAGCCCUAACCUCGUUGGAGGCGGGUGUGUGUGGGACCUGGGAGUGGCUCUCACAUCUCAUCGCCCACCAACACCUUCCUCCCCCACCAUCCUUACCCCACCCAAACCACCUGGGCAAGACAACCCAGGUGCGAAAGACGGUGAUUCUGACAGAAGAGCGAACAAGUGGAGAAGAAAGAGGGGGAUCCUCGUGAAAGCGUGGUCACAGUCAAAGGCACGUGGCACUAGGGACUCCAGCUGAGGAGGGGCUUCCGAUUUACCACCUGAUCAGGCCAAAGUGACUGCUCCUAGGAAGCUACCACUGAGUCCUGGUGGAGAUCCCUGAACCAUGACCCAGAUGGUCAACGAAAGGGAGGACCCCCUUAAUCUGGGCGGCGGCGGCUGGGCAUCCUCCAUUCCAUUGCGCACCUGGUCCUCCUACCAUCGAAGGCAGAGGGGAGCUUCAAUGUCCAAGCGGCGAUACCGUGAUGGCCCCAAAACUGAGUAUGAGGCUCCCAGGAAACAACCCAAGCAACAUCGUAUCUCUGGCCCUUGGUUUCAACCACCUAGAGGGUCCUAUUGGACCCUGUACUCCAACUGGGGGCGCUGUGGAGGGCCUUGGCGUCCACCUCUCCUAGCAUUCCAGAGCCCCCUGUGCCCAGCGCAGAUGAUCCGGGCCUAUGGUCUGCAUCCACUCUGUGUCUGCUGCUGCUCCUGCUGGAGCGGGCCCUGGAACCCCGGCUGGGAGAGACCCCCGGGUAGAAAGAAGCGCUGGGGACGCAGGGGUCGUGGACUGCGCCGACACCCUCGUCGCUCCUUCCCGAGGAAUCCACCAAUAGACCUGAGCAAGAUGCUGCGUCCAGUCAACCUGUAUGGGUGGCGGGCACCAGGGAUGAGAGCGCCACGGAACACCACCCAGUUCAUCAUGAACCAGGUCUAUGAAGACAUGAGGCAGCAAGAGAAGCUGGAGCGCCAGCAGGCAGCGUUGCGGGCACAACAAGCCCAGGCCGGUGGCAUCUCCCCAGGAGACUCCACUACCAAUAAUGCGCCCCACAGCGGCGUUGAAGAUUCGCAGAUGCUGGAAGAUCUGUAUGGCUUCAUGCAGGAUCCCUCUCUAACCUUUAGUCCUGCUCCAGUGCAGCAAAACCAGUCUCCCUCCCCAGGGCUGGUAGAGGAAGAAGAGAAAAAUGUUGAUGAGUGUGACGAAGAGGUUUGUGAUGAAAAAGAGGAGAGCGAGGAGGAGGAGGAGGAAGUGGACAGAGAGUCAGAGGAUGAAGAUGUGGAUGAGGAGGAAGUCGAAGAGGCUGACAAUGGGGAGGAAGGGGAAGAGGACCAAGAAGAGGAGGAUAUGUUGGAAGAGGCGGGGCUGGAGGAGGGAGAACAGAGAGAGGAAAACAAAUUCUUGCCUCUGGGAAUGCCUUUGUCAAUCCUAGUAGGGGACGAAGAAGAGACAGAAAACUUUAUGAACUAUGACUAUUUAAGCCAAGAACAAAUCAUUCCCAAUGUGCCAGAGGCAGAUCUAUUUAUGGUACCGGACAUUAGCCAUUAGUCACCAGGAAGGGAACUGAGAAACGAAAUGGAACUGAUCUGAGGCUAAUAUGGAUUAACAGCUUGUUAAAAACAAAUUCAAAAGUGAGUUCCAUUAAUAAACAUCAAUGUAAACACCUUGGUUGGCCACUAUAAAAUAUUUAAACAUUGAUGUGUUUGUGUAUGACUAUGGGUGGGGGAGGGGAAGAUUUCAGAUAUAUUUUAUUGGAAAUGAUUAAAGGCCAAAUAUUUUAU